AUGAAAAAAGUCGCUCCAUUGUACCACAUACCAAGCAGAAAAAUCAACACAAAGCUAAUUGAACAAAAGUACCAGGUACUAUCAAACCUAGUUAAAAUACAGUUAUCAGGUAUUGAUCACCUUACACUGACAACAGAUGUGUGGACCGACACAUUAAAUACAAAAAGUUUUCUCGGAAUAACAGCUCACUUUGUAAGCGAGGGAGAGUUAGUUUCCAUCGUGAUAGGUGUAACUGAAUUAAAUGAGCGACACACUGCAGAAAAUUUAGGUUGGUGGCUAUUGAAGAUAACUAGCGACUGGAACAUCAAAAACGAGAGUAUCCUUGCUAUAGUUACUGACAACGCUUCUAACAUAACGAAAGCAAUCACCGAUGUUUUUGGGUCAGACAAACAAUUACCAUGUUUUGUAGACACGCUGAAUCUUGUUGCGUCAAGAAUAAUUGAGGGGGAAGAAAAUGUAAAAUCUUUAUGUGCCGCAGUUAAGGCUAUUGUUACAUAUUUUAAACAUUCUGUAGUUGCAUCCGAUAGAUUGCAGGAGCAAAGUGACGAAAAUCUGAAAUUAAUCCAAAGCGUCCCAACAAGAUGGAAUUCAACGUAUUACAUGUUAGAACGAUUUAUUCAUCUAUCGGAAAAGAUUGGUGCAAUAUUAUUGCAAUUUCCAACAGCACCUGCAAUGUUAACAGCAGCUGAACUGCAAACUGCAAAAGAGUUUGUUAAACUAUUGCAACCUUUAGAGCAAGCCACGAAAAUAGCAUGUGGGCAAGAUUAUAUUACAGGAAGUAACGUAAUACCUAUUGUUGAUAUGGUUAAAAAACAAUUUGAAAACUGCAAUCCAAUCACUGAAACAGGAAGACACAUGAAAAAUAUCCUCUUAGCACAAUUUCAUAAAAGGUUUGAGAACAUUGAAAGUGUGUCUCUGUUGGCAAUUUCAACUAUAUUGGACCCUAGGUUCAAGCGACUGCAUUUUUCAAAUAGAAUAGCUUGUGCACAUGCUGUUGAUAAGAUAACGAAAAAAUUAAAUGACAUGACGAACUUUGAACUGUCACAACCUUCAACAAGUGCGAAUAAAGAGAGCGACAGUUCGGCAGGAAACUUUUGGUCCGAGCGCCAAAGACUCAUUGAUUUGGAAAAUUCCAGACAAGUCGAUAGACUGGACGAAAUGCCUGAUGAAUUUAGGAUUUAUUUAAAUCAGACCGUCUUGGGCAUUAAUGAAAGUCCAAUAAAGUAUUGGAUUCAAGCUAAAGGUACUGCCUUGAGUAGCUUGGCUAAUCAAUAUCUACCAGUUAUUGCUACAUCUGUGCCAUCAGAAAGACUCUUCUCCGAAGCUGGUAAUAUUAUGUGUGAGGCUAGAAAUCGCUUGACAGGGGAACACUUACAACAUUUGUUAUUUUUAAAGUCCUUAUCUGCCGACAAGUGGCACAAUGAUUAA